UAACAAGAGAUAUAAGGCUGCUGCAAAGAAUCUCGACUGCCUUCCUAGUCCUUCACCUCACUCUUCUCUGAACUCAAGCACUCACUCUAUAAUUCUCAUUGUCUACUACUUAUUCAACAUAGUAAUCAUGGCUAGCUACGUGGUGACCGGAACCUCUACAGGCAUUGGUCUUGGCUUCGUAAAAGCCUUGGCUGCGAACAAAGACAAUAAAGUGUUCGCCAUCAUUCGCAACCCCGCAACCGCGACUGAUCUUCAAACUUUCGCCGAUUCUCAUCCAAAUGUCCGUAUCAUAGUCGGCGAGGCUACCAGCAAAGAAGACAUGGAUCGUGCAGCUGAAGAAGUUGGCAAAGUCACUGGAGGAAAACUUGAUGCAUUGAUCAACAACGUUGGAGGUGGAAGUGUGGAUGAUGCAAAAGCACCUCGAGACUACGAGGGAAACCCCCAAGAUUUGAAAAACGCCAUCCUCGCUAGUAUGGAGCCCAACUUCUUCUCUGCUGUUUUCACCACGAGCUCUUUCAUGCCUCUCAUCCAAGCCGGGGAGCAGAAGAAGAUCAUCUGCAUCUCGACUGGAAUGGCGGAUGACGACAUGUCCCUCAAGACCGAUAUUCCGUUCGCACUUGGAUACGCGGCUAGUAAAUCUGCACUGAAUACUUUGGUCGCUAAGUUUGCCAUCGAUUACAAAAAGGAUGGAGUGAAAUUCUUGGCGCUCAGCCCAGGGUGGGUUAAGACUAAGUUCGGCCCAGAAUCCGAAAUGCAGGCGGGAUUUAUGCUCCAAGCUUUCCAGAAAGCGUACCCGGAGUUGAAAGGACAGAUCUCUACUGAGGACUCAGUCAAGAUGCAGCUCGAGGUCAUCGAUAAGUUGACUUUGGAGGAUAGUGGAAAGUUUUUGUCGCAUCAUGGAGACAAGUAUUGGGUCUGAAGACUUCAGAUUAUUUCAUCAAAAAUCAGAGUGGGGAUAUGAAGCUUCAUUAGGCUAUCUUGUCUCUUGGUAUAGCGCAAUACAUCAUCCAUUAUGAGCAGAGUGCCCCUUUUGCACCAUGGAAACAUGCGUGUUGGAUAUCCCACGGCAGACCGUAGUCUUAACAUGAAAUGGUCCACUCCUAACAGAAAGAUAUUCGAGAC